AUGAACGCAAAUACAAACCAUUGGCUACGCUAUCUUGAUGAAGAUGUUAGUCAACUUAAUGAAUUAUAUCAAACGGAACAACAAAAUAAUGAGCCUAUUGACAUUUGGUCUGAUUUUAUCGGAG